CCGGAGAGGAGGCGGAGCGGAGGCGGGGCUUGGGGCUGGUGGAGGCUCUGAUGGGUAGGUGGGUUCAGACCGAGGGGACUACGGGUCGGCGUUGGGCUCAAAGGGUUCGGAACAAAGGACCAUCCGGUAGGGGCUCGGCGCGGUGCUUUCCUUCCCCUCGCUAGCGGAGCGGACGGCCGCGGCUCCUCAGCCGCUUUGCGUCCCCGCGUGGCGGUGCCCGGCGGCCUCUCCUUGGCGUUCCCGCCGGCCGGCGCCGCGGUGGGGGGCCCGGCGCCGCGGCACCUGCUGCCGAGGGAUCCCCGCGGCCUGCCCCGGCGCUCAGGAUGGGGCUCAUCCUCGCCAAACUGUGGAGCCUCUUCUGUAACCAAGAACACAAAGUAAUUAUAGUGGGACUGGAUAAUGCAGGGAAAACCACCAUUCUUUAUCAAUUCUUGAUGAAUGAAGUGGUUCAUACUUCUCCAACCAUAGGAAGCAAUGUGGAAGAAAUCGUUGUAAAGAAUACUCAUUUUCUUAUGUGGGAUAUUGGUGGUCAGGAAUCACUACGAUCAUCUUGGAAUACUUAUUACUCAAACACAGAGUUCAUCAUUCUUGUUGUUGAUAGCAUUGACAGGGAACGACUAGCUAUUACAAAAGAAGAAUUAUACAGAAUGUUGGCUCAUGAGGAUUUAAGGAAGGCUGCAGUCCUUAUAUUUGCAAAUAAACAGGAUAUGAAAGGGUGUAUGACAGCAGCGGAAAUCUCUAAAUACCUCACCCUUAGUUCAAUUAAGGAUCACCCAUGGCACAUUCAGUCCUGCUGUGCUUUGACAGGAGAAGGGUUAUGCCAAGGUCUGGAGUGGAUGACAUCCCGGAUUGGAGUGAGAUAACUUUUUGUCUUAAAAAAAGACUGCUCUAUUUAUUCUGUGACAUGAACAUUUUUCCUAGUACUUUUGGCUGCUGAGGCAGCAGCAUGUUUAAUUUAUAACAACACAAACCUCUAUAAGCAACACUUGAAUCAAGUGCAGCUGAACUGGAACAUAAAAGCUGUUUUCUUAACUUUUUUUUUAAUGCACUAAUCUUCAUUUGGAUGAAAAUAAUGUGUAACUGUUUUCAGCAACAGGAUUCUGCUUAUUCUAAUUAUUCAGUGAUUUCCUUGUUAAAAAAAAAGUUUGUCAUUUGUUUAGUAACUAUUGUUACAUAUAAUCUUUAUGCCCAGUUUCUUUGGAUUUUUGGCCACCACUCCCUCCUUCCCAGAUAGUUACUGAUUUGACAGCAGUAGUGGAAUCAUCAAAUGCUACUUGUAAGUUUCUCCAUCACUGAACUUUGUAAGUCAUUUUAAUCUUUUGGGCAGAUUUUAUCAUAACUAAAAAUGCCUUCUUAGAAGAUGCACAUAAGGAAGAUUAAACAUCAUGAAUAUUUGCCUUUACAUUUCCCUCACACUAUGACUUGUCAUGGAGUAAUUUUGAGUUUGCUGUUUGCAUAGAAAUUAUGUAGGCUGCAUAUUUAUGUAAAGGAAUUAAGUUUGCUCCCUUUUUUUUAUCUACAACAUUACAGAAAUUAAGGUAAAAUAUGCAUUUGAAAGCCCAGCUUCAGUAGUAAAUAUUUACUGGAUGCAUCAAGUAUUUUAAGAGUGUCAGAUUACUUAACAUAUAUGUAAUUUUACUGGAGCAUACCAGCACUAAAAUUUGAGUGUGACACUUAGAACAUACGUUUCACUAUCAAUUCACAAACAACUUUUGUCAUCAGCAAGAAUUUUGUUUCAUUUGCCAGAGGUGUUCCAUCUGCUAAGAGCAAUAAUAGCUAAAGCAUUUCUUUUUAUUAAAAUGGCAUUUCUACCAUUACUUAAGAAACCACAGUCUUACAUUACAUUUGCUUGAGAAUCUUAUGUAAUAGGCUUGAAACACUUGAUGUCUUUGCCAUUAUGCUUCUUGCUCUAAAAUGUUAUAGGAAACUGCUAAAUUUAACUUUAGGCUUUUCAAGUCUACAGUGACACUCAGUUUUGUUUUUUUUUUUCAAAUUACAAGUUAAAAAUUAAAUAAGGGAAGAACAGUAAUAAUUGAUCAGAGGUUUUAAGGCUGUUGGCUAAUACAUAAAAUAAACACUACAUACCUUCAGUGGGAAUACAAGUAUUCUAAUUUCAAUCCUAUUUAUUUCAAAGGUGUGACUUUACUAUAAUGAAAGGGGUAAAAUUCAUAGAGAAUAAGAUUUCAUUUUUUUCAGUAUUUUUUUCAUUUGGAUCGAUAAUAAGAUUCAGUAUUUUAUGACAAUAUCAAAAUUCCUACUCAGAAAUGGUAAUUUAAUUGUAAUAUUUUGUAUCAUAAGUUGAUUUAAAUUUUGCUGUUUUCAGGUAUACUGAAAACAGUUAACUAUAUUUAAUUGAAUUAAUGUAGUUGAACUUGGUUAUAUUUUUCUGAUUUUUACUUAGUGAUAGCACCCUUGACCUGAGAAGAGUUUUCUGAACAAAUUGCUGUUUAACUUUGUUUUGAAUCUUUUUCUAUGUACCAAGUAGUGGAUGAGUUUUAUUUUGUAUUUAAUAUAACCAUAAUCAAGAGUGGGAUAG